AUGAGUAGUUACGUGGAAAGGAUUUCGGUGCAGUACAAGAACUUCUCCGAAGGCGCAGAUCCCCUCAUCGACAGUUGGACACUGAUGCAGACGCCAACGCCGAUCCUCUCGAUAACGGGCCUCUACCUGCUGUUCGUCCUAUGGAUCGGACCCCGCUGGAUGGAACGUCGGAAGCCGUUCGAGCUGAAGCACACGCUGAUCGUCUACAAUGCGCUCCAGGUCGUCGUGUCCACCUGGUUCUGCCUACAGCCCUUCUUCACCGGGAUCUUCACCAAGUACUUGUCCGCGACCUGCGAGGGUUCGAUGACGGGCGUCAGCAAAGAGCUACAGCUGACGGUAUGGAAUGGUGCUUGGAUGUACUUGAUGCUGAAAAUCGUCGAGCUGCUUGACACGGUGUUCUUCGUGCUCCGCAAGAAGCAGAACCAGGUGUCGUUCCUGCACGUCUACCAUCACACGAUAAUGGUGCUAUUUACCUGGUUCUAUCUCAAGUACAUCCCCGGUAUGCAGGCGGCGUUCAUUGGCGUGCUGAACUCGUUCGUGCACAUCAUUAUGUACAGCUACUACCUGAUAGCGGCCCUCGGACCCCGCUACCAGAAGUACCUCUGGUGGAAGAAGUACAUGACCACGCUGCAGCUGCUGCAGUUCGGCAUUAUGCUGUGCUACUUCGUGCUCAUCAACAGCAUGCAGUGCCACGUGCCGCGGGCGCUGACGUACUUCUUCGUCAGCAACAUUACCAUCUUCCUGUUUCUGUUCAUUAACUUCUAUCGCAAGGCGUACCAGAACCGACCGAAGGCGCUCAAGAAGGAGUAA